AUGAAUUUAAUAUGUAAUUAAUUAUCUGAAAUAGCUGCUUUUAAUUUAGGUGAAGCAUUAUCUAACUGCAAAAAUUUAUAAAUUAUUAAAUUAUAUUUAAGUUAAAAUAAAAUAAGCGAUUCAGGUGCUUCUAAAUUAGGACAAUUUUUAGGCAAAUGCUUAAAUAUCUCUCAUUUAUAUCUUGAAAUGAAUGAUAAUUUAAUUGGAGACGAUGGUUCCAGUGAGCUAGGAUUAGGAUUAUCUAAAUGCAAGAAUCUCAUAGUUUUAUCUAUUAACUUAUCAGGAGAAAAUCAUAUAAAAGAGAGGGGUGCUUCUAAUCUGGGUAUAGGUGUUGGUUAAUGCUAAAAAUUAAUAAAUUUCAAACUCAAUUUAUUUUGCAAUUUAAUAGGAGCUCAAGGAGUUACAAAUUUAGCUCUAGGUAUUAGUAAAUCAUAAACACUAUAAAAUUUUUCCCUCUUUUUAAGAGAUGAUACUAUUGGUGAUAAUGGGUUUUGUGGUUUAAUUGAUAACUUAAGCUAUUGCAGUAAUCUUUUUUCUCUUGAGCUAAUAAUUUAAGAUAGAUCAAUUAGUAGCUAAGUUAAAAUAUGCUAAACUCAAAAGAUUAAAAAAAUGAAAAAAUUAAUUUAAUUUUCAGUUAUGUAUUUAUAUUUAUGA